AUGCUCGGCGCCGUCCUCCGGAUUCGGCUGCGCGUGCUCCGCCGCCACCUCCGCCUCCGCCUCCGCGGCCGCCGGCGCCACCCGCGGUCCGGGCGGGGCGGUGGUGAGACGGCGGCGGAGGAGGAAGAUGGGACGCGCGAGCCGGUGCUGCUGGUGUCCGGGAUGGGCGGGUCGGUGCUGCACGCGCGCCGCAGGUCCGACCCCAAGUUCGACCACCGCGCCUGGGUGCGCGUCCUCCUCGCCGACACCGACUUCAAGAAGUACCUCUGGUCGCGCUACAACGCCGACACCGGGUACGUGGAGUCGCUGGACGACGACGUGGAGAUCGUGGUCCCGGAGGACGACCACGGCCUGUUCGCCAUCGACGUCCUCGACCCUUCCUGGUUUGUAGAGCUACUCCAUCUGACUAUGGUGUAUCAUUUCCAUGAUAUGAUUGAUAUGCUCAUUGACUGUGGAUAUGAGAAAGGAACAACACUAUUUGGAUAUGGGUAUGAUUUUCGUCAAAGCAACAGGAUAGACAAAGCACUGGCUGGUUUGAGAGCAAAACUUGAGACAGCUUAUAAGGCCUCUGGUGGAAAAAAAGUUAACAUAAUCUCACAUUCUAUGGGAGGAUUGCUAGUGCGCUGUUUCAUGUCCAUGAAUCAUGAUGUAUUUGCAAAGUAUGUCAAUAAAUGGAUUUGCAUUGCUUGUCCAUUUCAAGGUGCCCCAGGAUGCAUAAAUGAUUCUCUACUUACUGGACUGCAGUUUGUUUAUGGUUUUGAAAGUUUCUUUUUUGUAUCUCGAUGGACAAUGCACCAACUGCUUGUUGAGUGCCCAUCAAUCUACGAAAUGCUGCCAAAUCCAAACUUCAAGUGGAAGGAAAAGCCAAUCGUUCAGGUUUGGCGAAAGAAUCCUGACAAGGAUGGAACAGCGGACCUAGUUCUCUAUGAAGCAACUGAGUGUGUUUCUCUGUUUGAAGAAGCUUUACAGAAUAAUGAGCUUAAGUAUAAUGGGAAGACAAUUGCAGUACCAUUCAAUAUGGCCAUCUUCAAAUGGGCUACUGAGACUCGUCGUAUUCUCGAAAAUGCUAAACUACCAGAUACCGUGAGUUUUUAUAGCAUAUAUGGAACAUCUUAUGAAACACCAUAUGAUGUCUGCUAUGGCACUGAAAGCUCACCAAUUGGAGAUCUGUCGGAAGUGUGCCGCACAGUGCCUGCAUACACUUAUGUGGAUGGAGAUUGCACAGUUCCAGUCGAAUCAGCCAUGGCUGAUGGUUUUGCGGCCAAAGAAAGAGUCGGGAUCAGGGCAGACCACCGAGGGCUUCUGUGUGAUGAGAAUGUGCUCGAGCUUCUCAAGAAAUGGCUCGGCGCAAGUGAGAAGAUGCAGCAUCGGGUAUCGAAGUCGCGGGUGAUGGCAUUCUCGUAGAAAGGAGACCCGAUCAGGUUCUGUAAAGACUAGUCCGCCCAUGAUAAAUGUGGCAUCAACAUUUCAGGAGAAUGGUUAUUUUGGUCCUUUCUCUUGAAGACACGUGUUUUCCACGUCGGUGUUAUAGUGAUGGUGUACAAAGUGUAUUUACAAGUUUACUGU